AUGCCUCAUAUGCUGGAGGGCCGCAUGCCGCCUGUAGGAGAUGUCCCUCGAAUCCACAAUAGCCUGAACCUUCUCAUGCUUUCCUCAGAGACUCGGAGACUAGACGAGGCAGUUUCCCCUGCGGCCACCGCUGUGGUCGCCCGCUGCAGCCCAACCGAGCCCGGCUCUGUCCGAGGAACUCGAGACUCGGUGAAAGGAUCGGAAGGGAAGUCUUGCGCCCGGAAAGACGUCGCCGUAGAGUUAGAAGGUAUCGCCCACUCUUCGGCUGAGCACCGUGCCGAGUGCAGCGACGACCGCCGUGCCCGGAGCCCGCACGAGGCCAGCAAAGUCAAGAACUCGUCAAGCAGGAUUCAAAAGAUGAAGUGGUCCGAUCGCCUGGACGAGAAGAUCAAGCGAUUGGUUGACUGGCCGCAGGUUCUUGACGAGGAAAGCCAGCAGCCACGUCGCAGAGGCCAGGAUUAUGCACGGCCGACGUGGCAGCAGCCAGGUUCUGUCAUCGACACUGUCAUCGACACUGUCAUCGACUCGAACCUGUCGAACCAUGGCGCCGAACCUGAGCGGCCCGAGCUAAAAGUCAUGAAAGCUACGUUUGCCGACCAAUCAAAUGGUGGUGGCGUCUCUGAGUUCGAAGCCCGUAUGUCAGCGUGGGAAGCUGAGAAUGUGACAGCGCAGGACGACCUCGUGGUUUUCUGUGCUCCUGACCCGGGCGAGGCAACCGAAGCCACCCUCCGACGACAUCGCGAAACAUGGCAGCUGGUUGCGGAGCGAUGGGCUCGAGAGGAAGAGAAGGGAGCAUUGUCGGCCAUGGAGGCCACCAUCCUUUCGGCGGCCAGGAACAUUGAACCUGAGUUACUGGAUGAGUUCCACGAGCUCACACGGACUCCGGCCAAGGUAGCUCGCACUGGGCGUGGGCAAGUGCUCAUCGGCAACGAGGAUGAUGCAGGCAGCGAGGAGGUCAUUGCUUCUUGCGGCAUCACUGCGGUAUUGAACUGCACAGAGGAGCCGCCGACAACGCGCUGCCAGGAGAUGUACGCCAAGAUCGGCGUCCGCUGGCACCAUGUGCCGAUGCACGACGACAUCACAGAGGACCUUGCGGUUGCUCUGACACGUGCGCGUCCUUGGCUAGCCGAAGCUUUGGCUGCCGAACAGACGGUCCUCAUUCACUGCUUUGUGGGGGGAAACCGGUCCGUGGCUGUUGCCGUCGGCUACAUGCUUUUGGACGAGGACUACGAGCUUCUCCGUGCUGUAGAAGCUGUGGCGGGCGCACGAGGCCUCGUCUUGGGCUCGGGGUCGUUCCCACUUCAGCUGCUGCGCCUUGCGCCAGAAAAUGGCGUGUCGAGGGAUUCUGGCCUGAAGAUUGGGGACGCCCUCCCCUGUCUCACGGUUCUGCCUCCCCAGGUAGCCAACUAUCUUCUCGGGCUCGUCCCUCCUUCUCCUCGAGGAGAAGACAUGUCUCAAGCUUUUGAGCUGGGCCUGGCUUCCUACGUCUUAAGCUUAAAGACAGCGUCUGGCAAAGUGCAUCGCUUUGGAGCCCUGUCAAACCUGGCCGAUGGCGAGAUCCACAAGCCCAUAGUGCGACUGCGCCCGCCUAUGGAGCAGUGCAUCCAGUUGGCUUACUCUGCGGACGAGGAGGACAGCAGCAAGCUUCUGGGCCACUUCUCGGACAGUGCACCAGCUCUGCCAUGCUCGCCGAAGACAGCCUGCCAGGUGGAGGAGCUCCAAUUCUCUCGGGUUGUUGGCCCACGGGAGAGCACAUCGGACCUUUAUUGUGCACUCCGACUGCCAGAGGUCAUCGCUGGCAUCGCACGUGGCUUUCAAGAGACGGUCUUCGCCUACGGCCAAACCGGCAGUGGGAAGACACACACGAUUCUGGGGUCGGCCCAGGAGUUGGGCGUGCUCCAGCUCAGUGCCCAAGAACUAUUUCAGGUGGUCUUCGGGCCCAAUGCGCUGCAGCGGGAUGAAGCAGCGGAGAAGCACAGACGAAUCCAGCUGGUCUGCUUGGAGAUCAAGAACGACGACGUCCUUGAUCUGCUGUCCGCUGAUCCACAAGUACUACCUGCCAGCCAGGAGAUAGACGUCAUCUGCCACAAAGGCAAGCGCCAUGCUUUCAGACGUCUGACCGUGUGGAGCUAUGAGGAGACCAUGGCCCUCCUGCAAAAAGCCAUCGCCAGCAGAGAGGUCGGCAGCUCGCACGUGAAUUCCGAAAGCUCGCGAUCGCACAUGGUAGUGCGAUUCCUGGUGAAGACCCUGAGCGCGCCGAACGGGCGGCUGGCAGACGGGGUCGUGGGAGGCUUGACGUUAGUGGAUCUUGCUGGCAACGAGCGCGAUAGUAGCAGCGCCAACGGCACUGCCAUCAACGUGUCUUUGACCCACUUGAACCGCAUGCUCGUCAAGAUGCAGGAGCGCCAGUUGGAUGAGUCAGAUCGGCGACAGAGUGCGCUUAACAUGGUUUUGUACGAGCAGCUGCGAGAGGAUUGUGGGGUCACAAUGAUCUUCUGCGUCCACCCAGAUCGGCGAUUUGCUUCGGCGGCGCGCUCCACGCUGCAGAUGGCAAGUCUUUGUCGACGUAUCGUGCAGCGAAAGAGAGUGCGGUACAUCGAGGAUGCUUCACUGAAAGAGGAGCUUGCCGGCCUGCGUGAUGUGAUGCGCGAACACCGCGAGGCACACGCUGCCCAGAUUGCAAAGGAGGAGGAGCUCCAGAAAGCUCGGGAAGUGUUGCGGACGUUGAAGUUGCGCUACGACGAGAAGUCCAAGGACUACGAGGCGCUCAAGAAGAAUCUGGAGGUGGAGUUCCAGCGCGUCUCUGUCGAAGGCCGCGAGAAAGCAGAACUCGAGCAGCGCAACAAGGAAUUGACAUGUCGAGUUGCCCAACUCCAGAUGCAAGUGCAGCGGCAGGCCGAGGAGAGUCCUCCGGUGCUGACCUCGCUUCCGGAGAUGCGCAUGGCCAGCGAGAGCUUUGAGGAUCAUCGUCAAGAGCUCCAGCGUGCCUACAAGCAUGAGCUGCACGCUGUUCAUGAAGCAUACAAGAAGCAGCUGCGCACCCUCCAAGAGGCGUUGAAGAUGCGACCUCCUACGCCCACCCUGGAGAAGGCAGAGCCCAGGUCUGUCGUAUCUCUGAGCAGCAAGAGCAGUUCCACAGACGAGGCUGCUGCAGUGCCACCAGUCUCCUUGAGCAGCUGGGCCUUUGCGGACUUGGGGGUGCAAAGCUCGGUUGCCACCAGCAGCUCCGCUGAACCUUGUUCAGAGCCAAGCAUGCAUUCUGGCUUCGCCGGGGAAGAGGCCGUGGUCGUUUCACGCGUCACGCUGAAACAACCCGAAGCGACUUCUCAGAUGGGGUGCAGCACGGGAGUCUCGCCCCUCAGCCCACGCCGGAUCCUUCAGGUGGCGUCACCACAGCGCGCAGGAGGCCCCUCGCUGCGAUUGGAGGCGGCCGUUGCCCAGGUCCGGUCGGUAGGGUCAGAGAAGAAGCUGCCUUCUCCGACGCUGUGCUCUGAUCCCGUGCCCCUUGGCUCGCCUGCCACAAUGCGGCGCUCUGCACGCAGCUGUGUGACUCUGCAGGUCUCGCAAGAUCGAGGACGCGGACGGAGCCCGGAAGGCCUCGCCGAGGGCCGCUGCUCAGAAUAUGGGAAGGCUCCGCUCUUCUCGCCGCCAGCGCAUGUUCGCUCCGUCACCUCACCACCAGUUCAGAGCUACAGCACCAUGAGCUCCGUGGAGGAGUCACUGCGCCUGCUGCUAUCGGCGCAGCCUCAGACGCUGGCGGAGGUGGAGGCCAUCGAGGAUGCAGCCUCCCGCCUCGCUCGUUGGGCCAUGCACGGGAAGUUGCCAAAGCACCUCUGGUUGCAAGGCUGUGCUGCUGGGACGAGGGUCAUGCACUUGCUUCCACAAUCUGCCUCAGUGCAGAGGGACGGCGCCAUUCUCCUGUCGGAGCUGGCCAACAAGGACUCAGCCGUUCGAGCAGAAGCAUCCGCGAGGAACGCAGUUGUCCUAGGUGUCUCGGCCCUGCGAUGGCUUGCCACAACCUCCUCCUUGCAGAAGGGACACUCGCUGCUGCACCAGAUGAGUCCUCCCCAACAGUUCUCAGAAGCUUGCUCGGGAUGCUUCCGGCUCCUGGCAGUCCUGUGCCAGCGGCACCCGGGUCGCCAGGCACAUGCCACAGAGAUGGGGGGGCUGCAAGCUUGCCUGCAGUGUAUGUCUCAGCCUAUGUUGCGGAGUCAUGACACGGCCAUCCAUGGCUGUUGGUUGCUGAUGGCUUUGUGCCACAAACAUCCGAGCAACCAGGAAUUCGUCCGACUGCUGGGCGGGGUCGUGCUGGUCAUGCAAUUGCUGCAGGAGCAGGUGGCGGCCUUGGAGGAGGGGAGGCAGCCAGCUGCCGCUGCAGGUGCUGUCAACUGGAGCUGCCUGCAUCCUGUCGACCCGCGAGCUGCGACCCUUUGCGCCUAUGCCGCAGGCUUCCUAGCCAUCGUGGCCGAAGGCCAUGAAGCUUGCCGCCAAGCCCUCUGUGAUGCAGGUGGCAUCAGCCUGCUAAUGCGGACCCUGGACCUGUUGGGGCUGCUGUGGUUGAAAGUCCUGCUUCUUCCGGCAGCCAUUUUCCAGUGGCCAAAGGCUUUGGGGCGUGCUGCGGCACCCCUUGCGGGUCCCCUUGCGGGUGCAGCCAGCGGUGCUCUUGGCGGCGCCCUGGGCGUAGCAGCAGUUGCUAGCGGAGGAGCACUUGGUGCCCUUGCUGCCGUUGCUUUGGCGGGGACGUUGGUGUCAGCCGCUAGGGCAUCACAGGUGCAAGGCCAAGAGCUCCAAGAACAGCCAAGCUCGGAGAUUGAGAUUUCCGACCGGGCCCGUGGGGAAGCUCCAGAGCUACCUGCGGCACAGGCCCCUGCAGAGACAGAUGACGGCAAUGGCGUCUUGCGGCCGCAACCUGCUGAGGCCUGUGACGCACAGUGUCACGAUUUGAUGUUGCAGUUUCCCGCGCUGUGGACUUUCCACACCCGUGCUUUGGGCCCAGAUGCGGACGGCGACUUUGCCCAAAAGCUGAUCGCCAGCUCCGAGCUGGUCCGCGAUCUAUUGGUUUUGGAGGCGGCCGCUUACGCAAAGGGCUUGGAGCGCCUGGCCGCGGAUGGCGAGCACGUCCCCGGCUUCCUCCAGCCUGGCACCGACAACCAGGCUGAUAAGGUCUUCCUGCUGGGCAGCGAGGCGGAUGCCAUGCAGCGUCCAGAGGCGUUUCUGGAAUGUUGGGUACAGACCAACGCCCGCAUUCGCCUCGCGGCCUUGGACGGUGCAAUGUCCGCAGAGGCCACAGGCCACGUCCACGAAGGGUUUCAGGCUGCUUGGCUCGGCCUUGUGCCGGUGCUCAGGCGGCUCAGCAACAGCCGCAAGGUGAUCUUGGUGGGCUACUCCUUAGGAGGUGCCCUGGCCACCCUGGCCGCCCUCGACUUGUGCUGCAAAGGCUUCACUCAGGUCGAGUUGAUAACGUUUGGAAGCCCGCGAGUCGGAAACGAAAUGUUUCGAGACUUCUUUCGGGAGAAGUGCCUCGCAACGGGCGCGCUGCGGGUGGCGCGGUUCGUCAACAUGCUGGACCUCGUUCCCCACGUUCCAUUCAAUCCUGCUGAUGCAGUUGAUACCACAAGGCAAGGGCAACUCUGGCGAAGCGUUGAGGAAACCUUGAUGCGCCGACUGCCUCAACAGCACUUCACAGGACCUGGCUUGGGUUCCUACACACACGUCAGCCCUGCCACCGUCCUGGAUGGCUUGUCUGUCGGACUUACUGGCAUGGUGUCGCGUCUUGCCGCCGUGGCGGCGGAUGGGGAGAGGCCUUGA